CACAUCUACAGCUUCAAUCAAAGCAAAGAGCUUCUUUCCACGACUUCAAAGUACUGCUAGCAGACCUCCCAAACUCUCGUUAAUGGCAUAGAUAUCCGACCCGAAAUGGAUACACAGCCCACACCCUUCGGUACCCGCCAACCGUCUCAAGCUCCUCUAACCCCAACCCCGGCCGACGACUUCAGCACGCUGCCACACUCCUUACCCUACGACGAAGCCUUUGAGAACGACCUCAUGCACGCCAUCCUCGACCCAUCAUCACAAGCUCUACCUCCGCUCUCCGCAUGCGAGCAACUCCCCGACGUUCCAAUGCCCCGCCUCCCCAUUCCACUAAACUCGCCGCAUCGCAUCCACCCCUCCCGCUUCCCAGCCCUCCGUCUCACGCAUCCACACGGCUACCACACUGGCGGUCUCGGGCCUUCGCCCACAGUAGCCGCGGAGUACGCCGAGAACUUCAUUGCUGUGAAGGGCAUUGCGCAGCCGGAGGAGCUGAGACGGAAGGUCGACGAGGCGAUUGAGGAGCGGGCGAGGGAGGUGGUGGAGAGGAUGCAGAAGCGGAAGGAGGCGCUCAAGGAGAAUGAGAACACGCGGAAGAAGAUUGCGGCGUUGGAGGCGUCGAGGAGAGCGGAGGAGCGCGUGGAGGAGAGGAUAAGGGCGGGGCGGGAGGAGAAGAGGGCGAAGGUAUGA